AUGAACUCGCGUAUGUCGAAACUCCGGAGGAGUAUCUCUCGGAGUGUAUUCCAGCUAAAUAGCUCUUUGAGCCGGCAAAACAGUUUGAAUGGGCUGGUGGACCUUCCAACUAUGGCUAACACUACUCUGGUGGACAAGUUCGCAACGCCAACGAAUUUCCGUCAAUUGAGAGACUUGAUUCGCAACAAUAACGAGUUGCUCGCCGAGGUUGUCGCCGCGUUUGAGGAGAAGGCGGCACUCGAUUUUCAUUAUUCGAAGACGUUGAAAAAGAUUUCGAUUCGAUUACACAAGUUGACGCAGAGUGUUGAAUCUGGAAUCGACAAAGGCUGGACCAAUGUUGCUGAACAAUUCGACAUCCACGCAACCAUACACAGUAAUCUUGGCUCCGCCCUAACCGAGGAUAUCAUCCAACCCCUCCGAUCUAUCCAUACAAGUCAACAAAAAACCAUAAGAGCUGCCGACAACUUCGUAGAGCGCGAAAUUCGAAAAUUGAAAGAUAAGGAAGAUGAGACUCAAAAAAUGAAGCGCAGUUUGUAUGUGCUGUCAAAGGAGUUGGAGAAAACCGAAAACGCUGCCGAACGAGAGAAAAUGGCUCCAGAAAAGUAUGCGUUGAGACGAAAGAAGUACAAGGAGCAAAUGGUUCGAAGUGAGGAUGAUUACGUUUGGCAAACUGUGGAUUUGGAGAAACAACGACGGAUGACAGAGAAUGUUUUGAGAAAGGGAGUAGAGAGUAUGGAAUCAGUGGAGAGACAGAGAUUGGCACAUUGUCAGACUGCACUUGGGAGGUAUAAGAGGAAGAUUGAGAAUUUGGGACCGAAUUUAAGACAGAUGUUCGAGCGCCACUCAAACAAUUUGGAGCUAGCUGUGGAUUCAGUACCGGAGGACUACAUCCAGACCAUUCAACCAUCAACUUCCGCUGUUAAUCAUAUCACUUUGAUUGAUUUACAUGCCGAAAACUUUGGCGAAGUCAUGUCUUCUACACGACGUCGUCAGAAUCUGGAGCGAGUAUCCGGUGUGUUGGAUACAGAGCUAAAACGGAUGUACAACAAUCAGACAGCAGAUGUCAUGGUUUCGAAUUCCAAGCAAAUUAGUGUUCUUGAAUUUAUGGAAUAUCUCUACUACAAAAUCAACGAUGCUAUUAACAUAGUUGAUGGUGGACAGAAUCGAGGAUUUCAUAGACUCGCAAGGUUUCAGCACAAGAUUAAAGAUAAAUCGGGUCUCGCUAUGACAAUCCUAACUAUUCCGUUGUCUGGGGAGAAUAACAGUCUACCACCACCACCAAGUUUAUCAUUGGAAGCAUCUACAGCCUAUCCGUCACCCCAUGGCAGUAAUGAUUAUGAUGAAUAUGAGAAGAUUUCGGACGACGGCUUCUAUUCUACCACCACCACUGCAACGUCGUCUAGUAAUGGACAGAGGACUACAACAAGUUUCAAUGAACCAACUGCUCCAAAUGGUCCAACAAUUUGUAGAGUUCUGUAUGAUUUUGAACCAAAACACGCGGAUGAGAUUCAGAUUCGCGAAGGCCAAUGUGUACUUGUCGAGGAUCGAAUCGGAGACGAUUGGCUCAUCGGCCACGUCAUCAGUCAGCCGGACAACUCGGCGAUCGACCCGAGAUCUGGAAGAUUCCCAACCACUUAUGUUUCUUAUUAG